UAAUGAACCUAGUAUAAACCCUCCGGAGAUAGUUAACACCGUCGGGGGAGAAGAAAUGGUGAUACCGACGGCGGCUAGGGUUUCGACAUCGAUGUCAGUACUGUUACGCCGUAAUUAUCGGCAGCUAUGGUCGUUGGCCUCUUCCCCCAGCUCUAAUUCCAUCCCUCCUCACACUAUCAGCUCUGGUAAUCUCUUGUGCAAGGUUUUGCUUAACGAGUCUUGUCAAGAACCUGCAUGGAAAGCUAGAUACUUCUUGACAUCCUCCUCUUGGUUUCAUUCUACUCCAUCUCAUGAGACCACGAGCAACCCUGAGAACAGUUCGAGUCAAGAUGGAGUAUCUCCUACAAAACCCAAGAGGAAAAAGCUCAAAGGUAAACGUGCGGUUGUGCGGUGGCUCAAGUUUUUCCGGUGGAAGAAGAAGAAAGAGGUUGAAAGAAUGACUGCUGAAGAAAAGAUUCUCAACAAACUAAGAAAGGCUCGUAAGAAAGAGGAACGACUUGUGGAGACGAUGAAGAAGCUGGAACCUUCAGAGUCAUCUGAAACGACGCAUGACCCUGAGAUCUUGACACCUGAGGAGCAUUUCUAUUUUCUGAAAAUGGGUUUGAAGUGUAAGAACUAUGUUCCUGUUGGGAGACGUGGGAUCUACCAAGGAGUGAUUCUGAACAUGCAUCUUCACUGGAAGAAGCAUCAGACGCUACAGGUUGUCAUCAAAACGUUUACUCAGGAGGAAGUCAAUGAGAUCGCUGUUGAGUUAGCUAGGUUGACUGGUGGGAUCGUGCUUGAUGUUCAUGAAGGGAACACCAUUAUUAUGUACAGAGGCAAGAACUAUGUCCAGCCUCCGACUGAGAUCAUGUCUCCAAGGGUUACUCUCCCGAGAAAAAAGGCUUUGGACAAAUCCAAAUGUAGGGAUGCGCUUCGUGCUGUUAGAAAGUAUAUUCCGAGGCUUGAACAAGAGCUUGAGUUGCUUCAAGCGCAAUGUGAGGCUACUAAGGGAGACUCUCCGAGUGUAGUCAAGAUUGAUGAUGAUGAUGAUGAUCAAAGGUCGGAAGAGUUGAAGAAGAUUAUAGAAAGAAGCCAAGAGUGUUUUGAGGAUGAGGAUGAGCAAGAAGAAGAAGAAGAAGAAUUGGCAACGGAUUCUGACCUUUCUGAUAUAUUUGAGACUGAUUCGGAAUCAGAGAACGACAAGGCAGAGCGGCCGCUUUUUCUUGAGGAGUUUGAGAAAUUUCCAGCUAUAAACAACAAGGUAGGAGAAGAAGAAGAAGAAGAGGAUUUUGGGGAUCCAGGGAAAACUAAAUCAAGAGAUGAUAAGGAGGAUGAGUCUCCAGAUUUUGAUGAGGUCGACAAGAUGUUUCUUCGGGCUGCUUCACUUUUAAAGAAGAAAAGACGAUGAUGAGGAAUGACCAAGAGAUUCUAGUUUUCAUCAUCUUUGCAGCUUUGCUCAUCUCACGAGUACUAUCUUCUUUCUCUCUACUUGCUCAAGGGGUUACUCUCUGUUUGAAAUUUUGAUAAUGUGGUGGUUAUGAGAAAUAUGCUUGCUUCUUAUUCAUUUGGGAAGCUAAAAAAAAAAACUCCAAACUAA